GAAAAUGAAACUACUGUAGAUCUUGGUUUGGCCAUCCAUCAGCAUCUCCACUUUCUGUUUUUGAUUCUUUUGGCGGAAUAAAGAAAAGAAGACACUGACGUCAUCAACAGACAAGGAUCAUGGGUUCCUGUGCAUCUAUGCCAAAGAGAAGAAUUGUGCUUUUGGGAAGGAAAGGAUAUGGCAAAAGCAGCGCUGGGAACACAAUUCUUGGAGAAAAAGUAUUCACCCCUAGAGCUUCGGAUAAUUCAGUAAAAGCUCAAUGUGCAAGAAGAGAGAAGAGGCGAUAUGGACGCAAGAUCACAGUUAUUGAAACACCUGGAUUCUUUGACACAGAUAAUGAUGAUAAGGAGAUGAAAUCGGAGAUAAUCAAAGCUCUGGUUGAAUGCGCUCCAGAAGUUGAUGCCUUUGUGAUUGUUCUGAAGGUCGGAGAGUACACAAGCCAAGAAAUGAAGGUGCUACAGCGACAUCUGAACAAAAUAAACAAGGAUGUGUUUGACCAUACAGUGAUCUUAUUCACUUUUGGUAAGCAACUAAAAGGCAAGACCAUUAAAGAAUUUCUUAAGGCCAAUUCACAGCUACAGGAGCUGGUUGAUAAAUGUGGAGGUCGCUGUCACGUUAUUGACAACAAAUCCUGGAAAAAACGUAAAUGGGGGAACAAGAGCAACAGUGCUCAGGUGAAAAAUCUGCUGGAGACCAUUGACAAGAUGAGAAAUAAGAAUGGCUGCUUCACCAAUGAGCUUUUUCGAAAGAUAGAAGAACAAAUUCAAGAGCAGAUUGGAAAAAUGGAUGGGGAAAAUUUGCCUCAAGAUGAGAAACGAAAAAAAGCUAAGAAAAAUGUUCAGAACAAAAUGCUGGAGCAAGCUGCAAAAGCGACAGCAGAAACACUGACUGGUGCUCUUCUGGGCGCAGGUGUAAGUUUAAUUAUGACUUACUUGCAAACAAUCUUCCCUAUAAGAGCAUUGCUAAAUGUAGCAGCAGCUGUAGGUAGACCAAGAGAAGCAGAGGCAGGAGAAUCAGCGGCAGCUGAAACGGGAGAAAAAGCAAUAGCAGCAGCAGUUAAAGCAGCAGGAGAAGCAGGUGCAGGUGUUGCUGCAGGUGUUCUUGGAUUUGCAGGAGAAAUGUGUGAUGCGAUGAACAAUGUAAGAGCUGUGGCUGGGAACAUACAACAAUUUGUUGCUAAUGUUUUUAAUAAUAACACAACACAACCAGAAGAAAAUAAAAGGUAAUUGUAAAUAUAUUCAGUGACAUGUUUAGAACAAUCAGCUGUGUUAAUGAUUAGACACAUUAGCAGCUGUUUUUUGGGGCAAAAAGUACUAUUCUGAAUAAUUUAAAUGUGUUUAAUCUUGUGUUAAAUCAUGAAACAUUUGUUUAAUUCUUUAUUCUAAGCUUGCUAUUAUUUUUUGUGAUCACAAGUAGAAAGUUUUACAUACAGUUUUGCUUGACAUUAUAUGAGCUGUUUUCUCAUUUGUUUAAAGAAUUUCUAAAUAAUUUUUUGUAAUGCACACUUGAAUAUGUGUUAAUACAUAUGCAGUUAUAUAGUUGAAUACAGUUUCUUGAAAAGGAUUUCUACAUUUAGCAUGUAGAUAUGAGCUAGAAACAAAGUAGUGCA